AUGGCGGUCGGGGCCCCCUGUGAUGUAGAAGAGGAGGAACUCUCACCUGCCCCUGCUGCCGCUCAAGCUGCAGCAGCAGCACCACCACCCGUUCCGGUUGCGGCAAAGGCGCCGUCAAUCACAGCAUCUGCUGCAAUAGAAGCAUCUGAGGCAGCAGACGACUUCUUCGAAGCAGUGUCUGCUCACAGACAAGAACAAGAUCAAAGGUAUGCGAACGGGAACACUCCUCGACUCUCCUCCAUACCUCUUUCAGGUGUACAGACACCUGAAGCGCGGGGUGGAGAUGAAGGUCUCCAGCGGCGUACAGAGGAAUCAUCUGGGGCUUUUUCGCAGCCCUCGGACCGGUUGUUAUCUUCUGCUGGGCAUCCCAGAGCCCCCCCCACGGCGCCCUCAAGUAACAGGCCUUCUCAAGGGGCCCCAUCAAGAGGGUCCCUAAGGAUUUCGUCUACUGACCCUGCCAUUCACAAGGCGCAAGAUGAGGGGCAUGAGGGUCCCAAGGCUGGUUCCUCUUCCAGGAUGGUUUCUGCAAGCAACCCUCUUGAGGAGCCCCCCUGUGGAGGAAAACGGGGGGCUCCUUGUGCACCUCCCCACAGCAGUAGACGCUCUGAAGGCGCCCUUCUACUGGAGGCAUCAGCGGCAGAAGCGGAGUCUUCCCCCCUGGAGCCGCCGCAAACAGAGAGAAGGGCCACCACAGGGGCCCUCCAGGACACUUUCCGGUCUCGGGGGGCCCCGGGUUCUGCUCGGUCUCUGUUGUCACCAGCCGGCAGCAUAGUUGGCAUGCUGCAGCGGCAACCACAGCAGCAACAACUAAGAAGGCAAUCAGAACCUAAGAGAGCAUUCUUGCCACUAAACCUACAAAGGGCGCAUGAUGUGAGUUCGCAUUGCUACAAGGUGCUGCUGGUCCUCCACCAUUUGCUGCCGUUGCAUUUCCACUCGAUGCUGUUGUUCUUGCUGCUGCUUUAUGGGCUGUUUGUGUACCUUUUGCUGUGCCUCCCAUUGCUGCAGCAACGUAUGCAGACGAUCGACAUUCAAAGGGGCACCGAAGAUCCGGAUGGCCCCAUAGCGGUGGCACCCGACGAAGAUUUACUAGACCAGCUACACAAACUCUCUACGAAAAUUCAGGCGCAAGAAGACGAGAAGAGGGUCAUGGCGGAGGAGAGUUUUCAGCUGGAACAGAUCCUCAAGCGGCAGUACCACACAGAUAUUCGGCAGAAGUCCGAGCAGAACAGACAGCUUGCGCUGGACAACCAGACUCUCAGGCAGCAACUCGAGAAACUGAGCUCGGAGUGCGAAGGGCUGAGAGGAGCUGUUGCGCUUGCGGAGGAGGUCAUGUCCAGUUUCUUCCAGCGUCUGAUGAGGCCACGUCUCGCUCUGCCCGCAAGCCAUCGAGAGGAGGACCCUAUCCUCUCCGCCUCUUCUGACUCUGCUCUGGAGGCCCGUCUCAAUGCAUUGUUUACGGCCUUAAGAAACGCACUAGCUGCCGAGCAAGACUCUCUCGACCUCUCAACACAGCAAGAACUCCAGCAGCGGCUGGAAGGGGCAGCUGCCCUUUGUCGUGCGACGUCUGCUGCUGCUGCUGCAGCAGCGGCCAUCGUGUCACCCAGACCACCGGAAAGCCUUCACGGAGAUGAUGAAGCUGGUAAGAUGCCAGCCGCUGGAACUACAGCAGCAGCAGCAGGUCUGGCAUUUUUGCAACAGGAAAAGCGGCUGCCCCCCUUGCCCCUUGUUGAUGUGGAGACGCCUCUGCCGAGCAGCGAAGCCCAGCUCGAAAGCCUAAAGCGUCAAAUUGAAAGGCUCCGCGAAAACCUGGGUGCAUUUACAGAAGGACUGCUGCAGGCGCACGAAAGGCACCUGCAAGCCCAGCGGCCAGCCGGCGUCGCUGCGAAGCCUGAGGGCCUCGUAGAAAGGGUGGAGGCCCUCAAGUACGUGGAUGUAUCACCGGUAAAAAAAGCAUUUUCCAAGUCCCCCGCCGCAAAGGAGCCUCAACUCACUCUCCCUCCCGAAAGGGAUCUCGCCGGCGUCUCGCCGGUAGCAGCAGUGGGUGGCCCGAAGGGCCCCGCAGCCUAUAUGGGUGCCCCCGCGACGUCAGCAGUGGGGAAAACAAAGACUUUAUGGGGUGCUGCUACGAAGCGGGAGGACAGGGGAGCUCCUGUGCUGCAGUUGCCCCCCCAUGCUGAAAGGAUACGGGGAGCUGUGUUGCGUCCUGCUGUGCCUCAGCUAAGGCAGCAGCAGCACAGCAGCCCUUGUAAUGCAGAAGGAGGCUGGGGGUCCUGCCUGCCGUCUAACAGCGGAGGCCCGUUCGAGUCUUGCUGUGAAAAGCCCCCCAGAACAGGCGUGGUCUUACCUCCUCUCAAGCAGCGCCAACAACAGAGCAGCAGGGGGCCUUGCAGCCGCCAGAGGGGCCCCUCUAAGGGACGUCCCCCUUUAGUGGGGCCCCCUGAAGGGCUUCCAGUCUCCGCAUCUGCGGCGAGUCUGCUGCCAGCCCUGAAGCCCGCUCCAGCUGCAGCAGUAGCAGUUGCUGCUGCAUCUCGUGCUUCCAGAGGGGGGCUCAUGGGUUCGGCGUCAGCAGUUGACCUAUCUGUCGUUGGGAGGCCCCUAGGGCCUCCACGAGGGGCCCCCACCCACGCUACGUCACUAUACACAGGCCCCAACUACGGGCACUACCCUAUCCCUGUUGGGAGACUGCAGGGUGGCCCUGUCUUGGGGCCCCUUCCUCUCCCCCGCAGGGUGCAGCAGAAUGCCGUUCUACCUGCAGACGCAAACAGGAAACAGUGGGCUGCUUCGUCUCGCAGCAAGAGCAGCAGUGGCAGCGGUAGGGUGUUCAGCCGCACAAGACGCAGUUGCUCUCCCAUCAAAGAAAGGUGGGGGGAGGAUGCUUCCUCUAAGGGGCCCUCGGGGGGAGACCCCCCGUCUGAGCUGCCUGGAGCUGCGCUGGCGAUUGAGUCGAAAGUCAGCCCCACAGCAGCGGAUGCCAGAGGAGGAGGGCCCCACGGAGCUCGUCUUAGAAAUCCCCUUCUUGUUCGGGAGGAGUGGGGGCCCGGUGGCCCCCAGAGAGCGAUGGAACUGGGGGGACCACGGGGGCCCCCAUGCCCCCUCCUUGGGGGCCCUGCGCUGUAUGCUGUCACACCACCAAGAGAACUGUCACCUGCAGCGAUGCCACCAGCAGACUGGAGCAGAGGAGGGGCCUCUCUUUACCCAGAUAGCAUGGGGGAAUAUCCAGGGACGAGCGCUGCCCUGGGAGCUGUUGUGAACCAAGACGCAGCACUAGCAGCAAGGCUAGUGUCGCCGCCGUCGAGCAACUUCGUGCACUCCUACAGUCAGCCUCCCAGAAGAGCUCCCCCCAUGGAGGCGGUGGCGCACCUUAGCCAAGCUCUACUCCAGCAGCAGCAGCAGCAGCAGCAGGCGUUCAUCAUGUCCCUCAAAUCUCCAGCAACAGCAGCAGCGACGGGAAGUAAUGCUUUGGCAUGUCGCAUCAGCCGGGAACUGGCUGCUGGCACUGCAGUUAUGCAGCAGGUCGACAGCAUCACCGGACUCCGGUUGACCACAGCAGCGAAAGGAGCCCCCCUUACGUUGAGGCUGUGCCAUUGGCAGAAAACGCUGAAGGCGCUCAAGAAAGGGGCCCCCGUUGGGCCCCUAUUGGAUCGCCCCGGCAAACGGUGUAAGCUCGGGGACUUCGGGCCAAAGGGGAUCGACGACGGUCAUGGCCUCUCGCAUAUCCUGCGGAAGAGGUGCGCGCACACGCAGGCCGUCUGA